AUGAGUAGUGAUGAAGAGUGCGAAUUAUUAAUAAGUAAUAAGACAAAGUGUUAUGAUGCCUCUGAGCUUCAUCCACGUCAAUCAUCUCGUCUUGAAUGGGCAGAAUCGUCAUGGACUCGAUGGUUCCACUUGGUAUUGUGGUGGUGGGUAAGUCCAGUUCUUUCUUUGGGAUAUAAGCGAGCGUUAACAGAUGAUGAUUUUGAUAAUUUACCUCAUGAUGAUGAAUGUUCUGUGUUGUUAAAUAAAAUGCUUAUGUACGAUUGGAUGAAAACUACAACACUAGUUGUAAUUGCUCAAGCUUUUUGGAAACAGUUUGUAUACGUCGGUCUUCUACUUAUUCCGUUGAUGAUAGCUCGUAUUGCGCAGCCGAUACUUCUCCUCCACAUUGUUUCUUUUAUUGAUAAUGAUCAACAGAAUUCGUCGAUAACAUCGCCCAUCGCUGGCUAUUUUUACGCCAUUACACUGUUUCUUUGUGCACUUUCCCAAAUAGUGCUUUACCAACAAUAUUUUUUCCGAUCAGCGCGAAUUGGAUUAAGGAUACGCAAUGCACUAAUAUCGCUCAUCCAUACACGUUUAUUAUCCAUCAAUAUAACAUCAUUAAACGAAACUACAGCAGCUCAGAUAAUCAAUUUAGUAGCAAAUGAUGCAACAAAAUUUGAGGACUUUAGUAUGUACUUCUCUUACUUAUGGGAUACACCGCUCCAGGCUAUUAUUAUAUAUGGCAUUCUUUGCUGGCUUAUUGGGCCUCUUCUUGCAUUGUUUGGUUACUUAGUAUUAACCGUAUUCAUAAUCUUACAAGGGAUAUUUAGUCGACAAUUUAGUCGAUUUCGUGAGACCACAAUAGUAUGGGUUGACAAGCGGAUACAGGCGUUUGAAGAGAUCAUUAAUGGAUAUCAUAUUAUCAAAAUGUAUAAUUGGGAGGAGCCGAUGAAGAGACGUGUGUUGGAAAUACGUCAGCAUGAGUUUACCAGCAUUCAAUAUGCAUCUUAUCUGCGCGCGUUCAAUAUCGCUCUGUUCUUUGCGAUAAUGCCGAUUAUGGCAUUAGUCACAUGCGGUGGAGCUUUUCUUAUCAACAAACCGUUACAUAGAAUCAUUCAUCAAGUACGUAGUUUGCAGUGCCUUUGCGAACAAAGGGGUUGA